GAGAGCGAGAAAAAGAGAGAGAGACUAGUGGUCAUGACUGGGGGUUAAGGACGUCGUUCCCUAAAUCAAUGUGUCAUUUUAAUUGAACACUUAACUGCUAGCAGACAGAGGAUCAUUUAUACCGAAUGACUUGCAGGGGUUUCAUAUGAACACAUGCUGCUUCAACAUGAGACAACUUAAAAAACAGACGGAGAACUGAGACACUGAGAGACGGAGAACAGGACAGGACACGACAGGACAGACGGGACUUUGGCAGAUGGGUGAUGCCUCCGGUCUGCAUGGACCACAGCAUCCAAUCUGCCUGGAUAGAGAUUAAAGAGAGAAAAGAGAGAGAAAGAGCGAGAGACAGCAGGAACGACUGGAACACAAAGACUUUCUCCUGAGGGACACAUCAUGGCUGCGCUCUCUUUGAACGGCUUAUUUCUGUCCCUGCUGACGCUCACGCUGUCUCAUCCGGACUCCUUCGCUCAGGAGUUUGAAAGCAGAGAUGAUAUACUUGAAAAAGAGUUCAUGUACGCUGGUCGACCCAAACGCUCUCCUGACUCUCAGGGUGAUAAAUGUUCCUACACCUUCGUCGUCCCUCAGCAGAAGACCACAGGUGCUAUUUGCGUGAACUCUAAAGGACCGGAAGAGCUGCUGGAGAACCGCGUGAACAAACAGGAGCUGGAACUUCUGAACGGAGAGCUUCACAAACAAAGGCGUCAGAUUGAGACGCUGCAGCAGCUGGUGGAGGUGGACGGCGGCAUUAUCAACGAAGUCAAGCUUCUGCGCAAGGAGUCGCGCAACAUGAACGCCCGCGUCACGCAGCUCUACAUGCAGCUGCUGCACGAGAUUAUCCGUAAGAGAGACAACGCUCUGGAGGUUUCUCAGCUGGAGAACCGAGUGCUCAAUCACACGUCAGAAAUGCAGCAGUUGACCGCGCGCUAUCGUGACCUGGAACACAAAUACCAUCACUUAUCGUCUCUCGCCGGCAAUCAGAGCGCCCUGAUAACGCAGCUCGAGGAACACUGUCGGAGAGGAGGCUUUGUCGGUGGUGGAGGUGGUGUCCGACAGACGCGACCCUACCAGCCACCUGUAAACCUGCCACAGCCACCCCAGAUUCCCCAACACAGACCAGCACCACCACAACCACCUCCGAUACAACACGCCCCGGCGAUCAGACCCUUCCACCCGCCACCCUACAACCGCCAUACCAACCAUAUGAACAAUGAAAUCCAGAGCGACCAAAACUCUAAAGCCAUCCCACCGACUUUACCGACCAUGCCAUCUGGAACUCACAGCUUCUCCACAGAUAAACCUUCAGGACCGUUUAAAGACUGUCUGCAGGCUCAAGAAGAAGGUCACAGUAACAGCGGCAUGUUUCUGCUGAAACCAGAUAAUAUCAACAAACUAAUGCAGGUUUGGUGCGAGCAGAGACAUGAUCCUGGCGGCUGGACCGUCAUCCAGAGACGCAUGGACGGAUCGGUCAACUUCUUUAGAAACUGGGAAACAUAUAAGCAAGGAUUUGGGAACAUCGAUGGUGAAUAUUGGCUCGGUCUGGAGAACAUCUACUCGCUGACCAACCAAGCAAACUACAAGCUUCUGGUGACUCUUGAGGACUGGUCAGGCAGAAAGACAUUCGCCGAAUACGCCAGUUUCCGCCUAGAGCCAGAGACGGACUUUUACAAGCUGAGGGUGGGUCGUUACCACGGCAACGCUGGAGAUUCUCUCACUUGGCACAACGGGAAACAGUUCACCACCCUGGACAGAGAUCACGACGCAUACACGGGUAACUGCGCUCACUAUCAGAAGGGAGGAUGGUGGUACAACGCUUGUGCUCACUCUAAUCUGAACGGCGUGUGGUACCGCGGUGGACAUUACCGCAGUCGCUAUCAGGACGGAGUUUACUGGGCGGAGUUUCGUGGCGGAUCAUACUCGCUGAAAAAAGUCACAAUGAUGAUUCGUCCAAAUCCAAACACUUUCCAUUAGAAGAUGAUGCUGAGAAAGUUAAUAAAGUGCAAUGUUUUUUCAGUAUUUUUUCUUAAUGUUUUCUUAAUGUAACAUGUACCAAAAACUAAGAAAGUGCAAUGACUUCAUCACAACACUUGAGUUUGCAAAGCCUCUGGACAUCACAGGGACAAUUUAAGGACACUCAAACAGACCCAGUAAUGCUGGGUUCCUCAUGACAGGAGAACCAAGAUCUCUACAGACGCUGAACAGUGAUGUGCAUGAGAUAUCACUCCAACUGUACCUACAUUAAUGAUAUAUUAUGUGACCUGAGCAAUUGUAAGAGGUGUUUACACAUUAUUUUUUCUCGUAAGAUGGUGCAUUUAGUCAACAUGAGCUACUCAAAACCAACCAGACAGCAAUUAGGCCAAUGCCACUGAUUUUAUUACCAUUAGUGUACAAGUACAUUGAGGCUGUGUCCGAAACCGCCUACUUCUAUACUAAAUAGUAGGGCAAAAAGCAGUAGGCGAGGUGAGAAAAAAAUUAAACAUGGCAUUCCAUUAAACAGUAUGCGAAAAGUACCCGGAAGACCUACUACUUCCGGCAAAAUCCUGAAGUGUUCAUUUGAUGGACCCUUUACUAUCCCAUGAGCCCCCGAAGAGAAGUUGGCAUUGUUUUAUUAAAGGAGUAGUCCACUUUAAAGAUGGGGCCCAUUGACAUACCAUAGUAUUUUUUUUCUUACUAUGAAAAGUCAGUGGACCACAUCUUUAAAGUGGACUACUCCUUUAAGAAAUGUCCAAAAGCAGUAACUCGGCUUUAUUUAAAUGCAAAUACAUAUAUAUAUAUAUAUAAAAAAGUUGUCCCUUGUGGUUAAAUUGUGGUAGUUUAAAGGUGCAGUGUGUAAAUUUUUAAAUUAAGUUUGUCCGUUAAGGGCUUUUGUAGAAACAUGGCGUCACAAAAUGGCGAUUUUCACGUAAGGGGACCCUCGGUGUAUAUAGAUAUGUAGAUAAAAACAUCUCAUUCUAAUGUAAUAAAACAUAAUGGUUCAUUAAGAAAGGUCUUUAUACACCCCUGAUAAUAUAGUUUUUUACAUUUCUCUCAAGAGAUCCUUUUAAAAAUUACACACUGCACCUUUAAUGUUAUUCCAGUUAACAACUAACUUGUUACGAUGAUGUAUGUCACAUGAUGCAUCAACAUGGUGGAUGUAGAGCAUCCGAAUUCAUUUAUACUAUCAAUAUUUAUACCAUAUAGUAGAUACUUUAACAGUCGAUGAGUAGAUACUUAAUUCAUAACUAAUUCCGUCACAGUAUGAGAUUUCGGAUGCAGCAUUAGGCUACAUGUAAAGAGAGGAGGGGAAUCACUUCUCUGUGAACUCAUUUUCAUUUCAAGAGGUCUUUAAAGAAAAAGCACUCAUUUACACCUUCUAGUUUGAUUUCUUUCACAUUGCAUUGACUUCAUGUAAAGGCUGUGUUCAAAUCACCCAAAGGUGCCCUAAGACGUAGACAACAAAGAGACAUCUGAAGUCAGAUUCUAGGGAGCGUAUAUUCACUGCAAAUGGAUGAAAAUGUACAUUGAUAUAUCAAUAAAUACAGCAAAAAUUACCCAAGCACCACCUCACAUGUUAGUUUGUAUUUUGGGAAGCAAAUUCAAGUUCAAAAUUGAUGGAUUGAACUUCAAAAGCAAGACCUUUGAGAGACAUUGCAAAGUGAAAACAUGUUGUAUUUUAUUUUAUUGUCUACAUGAUAGUGUAAGAAUUUAAUAUUUGUAUGAAUGAUUUCAAUCUGAUCCUUUCAACCGAAUUCCUCUUGUACAUAUAAACUAAGAGCGAGUGUUUCUGUAACAGUGUUGUUGUGCUGUCUACCAGAAUUUUCCAAUAAAUUAUGUACAGCUACA